AGAGCCUCCAUUCCAGUUUCGGUUAUUUCACCAACCCCUUCCCUAUUUUCCAUUCACGCAAUAUCAGAAUCUUAAUUUAAAAUGGUUUUGUUGAGUGAGUGUGAUUCAGCGUGAACCUUCAGCUACUAUCCUUCGACGUUGUUGUUGCUUCAUUCACAUAUACUAUCAUGGCAAAUACUAAAAUCGGUUCCUCCUUUUCUUGUUUAGCGGCUUCUCUCUCUUCUCCUUUCCAUCGCACAACAAGUGCCCGGUUGAGCUUAUCACAAGGGUUGUUUGUCAACCAGCUAACUGGUGCUCAGCUGCAAAUAUACACUAAAGACAAAUCAUGCCAAUUUAUGUUUAAACAUGGGAUGCCGAAGUUAAAAGGAAGGUUCCAGAGACAGCAUAAUGCUCUUUUUGUUGUCUCUGAGGAUCGGUCACAAUACACUGAGCUCGAAACAGCUGCUUUACUGUCAGAAGGCAAUGAUACUAUUGGUGAAGACACCUCUCCUGCAAGCAACUCAUCUUUUCAUUUAUCAGGGAGUGAUGGAAAACCGGGUUUAAUAUCCUUUUAUAACCGUCCGUACAGAAGAGAUAGUGAAAUCCUUUUAUCGAAUUCGGAGAGGAGUCAAAACAGCAUAUUGUGGUUUAUGGGCCCUGCAGUCCUUGUUGCUUCUUUCAUUUUUCCUUCACUUUAUUUGCGUAAAGUACUUUCUGUCAUUUUUGAGGACUCUUUGUUAACAGAUUUCCUCAUAUUAUUCUUCACAGAAGCAAUUUUCUAUUGUGGUGUUGCGGUAUUUCUUUUUCUACUUGACCAUUUAAGGAGACCCGUAAAACUGGAUACUGCUGCAAACAAUAAUGAUACUCUGCCCCCUCAAAUGGGACAGCGAGUCUCUUCUGUUGCUACCCUGGUGCUUAGUCUUGUAAUUCCUAUGGUCACUAUGGGUUUGGUCUGGCCAUGGACUGGUCCUGCUGCCUCCGCAACUCUUGCGCCAUACCUGGUUGGUAUUGUUGUUCAAUUUGCAUUUGAGCAGUAUGCAAGAUAUCGAAAGUCACCUUCAUGGUCUGCUAUUCCAUUAAUCUUUCAAGUGUAUAGGUUGCACCAACUAAAUAGAGCAGCACAACUAGUGACAGCUUUAUCAUUUACAGUUAGAGGUGCUGAGAUGACCUCACACAACAUUGCUAUAAACAGCUCUCUGGGUACCCUUCUAAAUGUCCUACAAUUCCUUGGUGUGAUAUGCAUUUGGUCCCUGUCAAGCUUCCUCAUGAGAUUUAUACCUUCUGCUUCCACAACUAUGCAGUGAAGUAAAGAAUUUCUUGUAAAGUUUGUUAACAAUUUCAUCUCACAAAUCAGAGCACCCCUAGUUCAUCUUCGUGUCCCUAGAUGUAUUUUUUUUUUUGUAUAAUUGGUGGCAAGAAUUUGUAAUUGAGGACUUUGGAUACCGAAGAAGCAAAUGAGGAAUAUUUG